AACUUCUUUAGACACCCCCCCCUCCACAAAUGCAGCCAACCCCUUACACCAGGGCUUGAUUUAUUGUUUUGUUAAUUAUCUAGACCUAAGAAAGUGAUGGAGAAAAUGUUAAUGAGGCAGAUUCAACUUUAAAGCGCCUGUGUUUACAAUUUCACAUUGACCCAGAUGGGCUUGUCUUCUACUUAACUCCUUGGGCAAAUCAAUUUAAUUAGGCCUCAGUUUCCCCAUUUGUCACUGGAGAGGUUAAACCUACGAUGAUCUUUAACGCCUCUCCUUCAGUCCUCACCCCUUCCUCUUCUUCCCACUCUUCCCACCUAUUCCACUCGCCUCCACCACCCCGCGGCUCAGUCAGGCUGAGGAGCCGAGGUGGCACUCCAUCCUCCCGGUUCUCCCCCAGUCCCUUCCCGAGCCCGCGCUUCCGCCGCCUUCCUAUCCCCCCCCCCACCUCCAGGCAUUUUGGAUCGGUCUCCAUAGAAACAGCGGGGUCGAAGGUACGCGCUCGGUGAGGACACGCGCGCGCGCGCAGGAAGGGGGUCGGGCUCGUUCCAGCCUUCUCUCUCCUUCCUUCCCUCCCGCGGGCGGGCACCCGGGCUCCGGUCCCGGCGCGUGCCGCGGCGGCUCCACCGCAGGGCCCGUUGCGGGCUCCUUCCCGGGGUCCCGGGCCGCUCGCGAGGCGACAUGCUGAGGCGGAGUCUGGAAAGCCGGGACGCCCAGACCAGACAGCUGCAGGAUGCGGUCUCCAACGUGGAAAAGCACUUCGGGGAGCUGUGCCAGAUCUUCGCGGCGUACGUGCGCAAAACGGCCCGGCUGCGGGACAAAGCCGACCUCCUGGUGAGCGAGAUCAACGCCUACGCCGCCACCGAGACGCCCAACCUCAAGCACGGCCUCAAGAACUUCGCCGACGAGUUCGCCAAACUUCAGGACUACCGGCAGGCGGAGGUUGAAAGACUUGAAGCCAAAGUAGUUGAACCUUUGAAAACUUAUGGAACUAUUGUGAAAAUGAAACGGGAGGAUCUCAAAGCAACCCUAACAGCAAAGAAUCGAGAAGCUAAGCAGCUAACUCAACUAGAAAGGACACGUCAGCGGAAUCCAUCAGAUCGGCAUGUUAUAUCACAGGCAGAAACCGAACUACAGAGAGCUACAAUGGAUGCCACCAGAACGAGUCGGCAUCUAGAAGAAACUAUUGACAAUUUUGAAAAGCAAAAAAUAAAGGACAUAAAGAAUAUAUUUUCAGAAUUUAUAACAAUUGAAAUGCUAUUCCAUGGCAAAGCUUUAGAAGUCUACACUGCUGCCUACCAAAAUAUACAGAAAAUUGAUGAAGAUGAAGAUCUGGAGAUUUUUCGGAGCUCUCUUUAUCCACCUGACUAUUCAACUCGUUUAGAUAUUGUUCGUGCAAACUCAAAAUCCCCUCUUCAGAGAUCUAUUUCUGCCAAGUGUAUAUCUGGAACAGGACAGAUUCCCACCAGUCGGAUAAGAAAAGAUCAGCAAGAUGACGACGAAGAGGAUGAUGAUGAAUUAGAAGUUACAGAGGAAGAAAAUUAAUUUUAUAUGUGCUUUUAAGUUUCCCUCAAAAUCAAGGCUUCUAUUAAAUUGUUCAAUUUAGAUAAAUUGUUAAAAUUUUAAAACUAAACACAUAUGUAUAUACAUAUAUACACACACCAUUAACAAAUAUUUCCAAGAACCUAAAGUUUUUAAAAGUUAAUGGCUUUUGAGGAAUUAUCCUCAGAAUGGAAUGUGAUUAAAGGAAAUUUCUGAGGCCCUAAAAUUAAGUUGCUAAAAUAAAAUUUAAAACAUACUGUUAGUUCCAUUCUUUUACCCAAAGUUAAAUGAUUAUCUUGAAAACUAUCUUUCAGAUGUCAUAUCACAGAUAAAUAUGACAAUUGCCAAAAGAGCUGUAUCACUUUCUCUUGGUUUUCUAUAUAGCUAACAGUUUCCAUGCAUUCAUUUAAAAAAAAAAAAAACCUACCAGUUAAAAUUCCUUCAGAAUCAUUCUGACAAACUAAUAACAUUCCAUAAAGUACUUAAAUGCAGUUUUACUUGUUACCAAUUACAAAAGGUGAGGAGUCUUCAUUACUUUCCAGGCUAGAUUACCUAGUUUAAUACCUUAAAUAGUCAACAAGGAAUAAAAAGCAAAAGAAUUAAAGUCUAAGGAAAUAGGUUGUCUUUUUAUAUAUUACAUAAAAUAUAAAGGGAGUAGGUUGAUAAAAGGAAAAAAAAUAUGGGGCAGCCUUCAUGAAUUUCAAAAGGCAAUUAUUAUAAUGUGAUCCUGACUUUAAAGAACUUAUUAUUCCCCAUAUAGGGAGACACAAACCACUAGUAAAAGUAAAGAAGGUCUGAAAUUGUAUUAGGAUUUCUAAAUACUAAAAUUUAUUAUUACUGAUUCUUGUACCCAGAAAUAUCAGGUUGGCAACAUUUGAAUCAUAGGAUUUUGGUAUGUGACACGUUUUCAUUUCCAGGAUUUCCUUCUGGGAAAACAUUUGUAAUAUUAUUGCAUUGAUUCAGACAAGCAUAUUUUACUAAUUGUGAAAUUUAUUUCCUUUGGAAUACUAGAAAACCAACUAUUCACAACACAUAAAAUAAAGGCUUUACAAAAACUAUGUUGGUUUUGUGAUUUGAUUUUUAAUAAAGGUAAUGCUUCUGAAAUAUUACAAUUAGUAUAUAAUCAUUCACAUGUUUUUCAUAUACCACCAUAAAAAUGUUUAAAAAGUUACCACAAUCUGAUGUGUAUUACUAAAGUUAGCCAGUUAUACAUAUGGAAGGUUCUUACUAUUAGGACUCUAGUAAAUAACAUUUUUUCUACAUAUCUAAACAGGGGAGUAAGUUCUCUCUGCCCCAUGUGACCUUCCAUUAAAAAAAAAAUUAUUUCAGAAAUAUCAAAACACCUAAAACUUUUUUUUGAACAAGCUUAUUACUUUACAUUCCUGGGGCUUUUUCAAGCUGCUCCCAUUAUUUUCAAAAUUCCUAAUGUUGACAGUUGAUUAAUCCAUUUUUCUAAUUGGUUUAUUCUGCUUCACUGGAGAAUAAAGGGUUACCUCAAAAAAUUAGUUCUGGGUGGUCUUUUUCAGCACUCAACAUUUUUUUUUCUGGGGCAUUGGGGGUUAAGUGACUUGCCCAGGGUCACACAGCAAGUAAGUAUCAAGUGUCUGAGGCCUGGAUUUGAACUCAGGUCCUCUUGAAUUCAGGGCUGGUGCUUUAUCCACUGGGCCACCUAGCUGCCCCCAGCACUCAACAUUUCUAACAAGAUAAUGGUUACACUCAGAUUCCUGGUAUUAUUUACCUAACUACUGAAAUUAAGCAGUUAAAUAAUAACAUUUCAAAGCAGUUUUUCCCCCAAGGAUGCCAAGUUGGUGUAAAUGAGUUUACCAAGCCCUUGUAUUAUACAGACCAAAUGCCAAUAAAACAAGUGAUUAAAAAAAAGCCUAGUAAAUUGUACUUUUAAUAAUCCUGACAUCCACUUCAAGGAGUAUAUUGCCUUCUACUGAUCACUACCUAUUUUAAAUCUUCAGUCACAAGUUUAUACCAUUGUCUCUGAAACUUAAUAGAAUGCUGGAAAAAAAAAAUUGGACAUGACUCCUUAGUUCAUUAGUGUACUAGUAUACCUGUAUGUCACUUGCAAUAGACUUUUUUUUCAAAGUACACUUCACAGAUUAGGCUUCUCAGAAACGAUAUCAAGAUAUAAGUUGGCUGGGUCUGAAUACAACGAUUUUCAAUAUUUCUAAGAGCUGAACUGAAUUUUAUUUUCUUGUUUAUUAAGUAUAGUGGGAAGGGACAUAAAACCACAGGAAAACUUCAAUUACAGAACUUUAAAAAUGAAAACAGUAAUUUAGUCCAACACCCUUAUUAUCCAAAUAAGAAAAUGAGGCCCAGAAAGGUUAAGUGACUCAACUUAUCACACUUAAAGAGCUGGGAUUUAAGAAAACCUUAAAAUGGUUAAAACAAUCUUCAUAAAGAAAUAAGCUGUAGAAGUAUAUUGCGAAAAGGCUCUCCAAAUCCAGAAAAGAAAAAAAAAGGAA